AUGGCGAUCUCACCGUUACUAUUGAUUGGUCUGAUUUGCCUCGCAGGCGGUGGCUCUCUUUUACCGGAGGCGAAUGCGAUAUGGUUAACGGUUCCAAGUUCCGGUGAGAAAUGCAUCUCCGAACAGAUCCAAGCCAACGUGGUCGUCGUCGCCGAUUACCUUUGCAUCGAUAUGGAUAAUGUGGGACUUGGUCCCACAAUUGAUGUUCACGUAACAUCACCGUACGGGAAUGAACUGUACAAGAAAACAAACGAGACGCACGGUCAGUUUGCGUUUACAACGAGCGAGACCGGACUAUACUUGGCUUGUUUAUCGAUGCAUCACGAUCAAACACAUUACACUACACCCAAUAGCACUGCUGUCGUCAGUAUUGACUGGAGGCUGGGUAUUAGAGCCAAAGACUGGGAUGCUGGUGUGGAGCUUGAGCUUCGAAAAUCUUCAGAACGUGUUGGUGCAAUUAAGAUAGACAUUCUCUAUCAAAGAUACAGGGAAGAAGCUAUGAGGGAAUUGAACGAGAAGACUAACAGGAGGGUUGCGCAGCUUGGCUUUAUGUCCUUUGGAGUCUCAGCUAUCGUUUCAAUUUUUCAAGUUUUGUAUCUCAGACGCUACUUCCUCAAAAAGAAGCUUAUCUAA